AUGGACCCGGCAAAAUAAUAUCUAGUUAAUUGUGUCUAAGCUCUUCUAAAUUUGCCUCAAACUCCUCAAGGUUUAGCUUCUGGGCAAACAUUAGAUAAAUUUAUGAUUGGGUAAGAUAAAAAAUGUUUGAUUCUUUAAUACAUGUAAGGAUAAGGAUUAAAAUUAUUUAAUCCUACAAAAGUUGGUAAUAUUAAAUUGAAUAUUUAGAUGAAUUAAAUCCAUAAACUAAAUUGAUUGCCAUAAGUAAGAUUGAUACAGAUGUAAUAACUGAGGAUAAUUAUUUCACUAAUCUUACAGUCUAAUUAUUAUCACCUAAUGUAGUAACAGAAUUGAGUUCACAUUUAUCAUUGAUAUAUUAACCUUUGAUGGGAUCUGGGGUUGAUGAAAAAAUUAAAAAAAAGUUAUCAGGAUUCAAGUAAUGAAAUUUGAUUUAAAUUAUAGACAGGUAUUAUAAGGACUUUAAGAUAAUGAUUUCGACAAUGUAUAAACAGAAUAGAGAAAUGUAAGUCGACCAAUUGAUGAAAUAGAAUAAUGGUUAAGAAUAUCAUAAUCUGCAACAAGUUCAGAAAGUUAAUAAAGAAUAGCUAAUUCAGUUUGUUAAAUUUACUAAAAAGUAACUUAAUUAUGGAAAGAUGUUAAAUAAUUAGAGAUAAACAAAUUUUCAGAUUUAUUGGAUCAAACAUUGGGUUGUCUUGAUGAAUUAUUCACAUAACAGUUAUAUAAUGAAUAGAAAUUAUAAGGUAUGUUAUCUUCUAUGUACAAUUAAAUUAUAAUCAAAUUGUAACAUUUAAUACCAUAAGGAUAAUAAAUAUUUAGUAAUACUCAAUAAUAAAAACUAUUAUUAUUGGAAUGUUAAAAAAUGGUUAGAAUGUUCGGAGAAAAUUUAAGAAAAUACUUUGAAUAUGAUUGGAAAAUUAAUCCUAAUAUACAUGAAUUUGAAUAAAUUGAGAAAAGAUUGAAUGAUCUUAUAGAAUUAAGAAGUAUUUAUGAAGAAUUGAAGAGAAGCAAUAUUGAUUAAGAUUUUUUUAAGGAACUAUUUGAGAUUAAUCCAUUUAUGUCUAUAGGCUAAGAUUCAUUAUUUAAUGUUGCUUAUAAAAAAGUACUUAAUAAUUUAGAAAGUGCUGAAUAAGAUAUCCUAAAUCUGUUAAGACAAUAGGUUUUUAAAUAGUAAGUGAUGAAGGAGAAUCCAUUAUAAACUAUUAGAGAAAUGUAAAGAUGGACUGGAUUAUUAUCUAGAAAUUCUAUAUAGAAACACUUUUUAACAGAACGUGAUUCAUUGAUAACAUCAAUUACAAAUAUGAUUUCUAAAAUUGAAUAAGAAUUUAAUACUAGAUCAGGAGCUGCUUUUCUUGAUGAUGGAGAAGAAGAGAAAUUACCUUAUUAAAUUGGAUUUUCUAAAAAUAUACAUUAAAUAGUAUGGUGUAAAUCAUUGAUUGGUAAAGUUAAGAGAAUUAUUUAAUUAAUUUAAUAAUUAUUUAGUGAUAUUAAGAAAUCAGCUUAAUUUAUAGUUAUGUGUUAAAAUCUUAUAAAAUAAGUUUAAUAGUUUGAAUAAGAAUUAUUUGAUUAAUGGAAAAAAGAAAUUGAUUCACAAUUAAAGAAAAAUGAAAUAUCUUUAUAGAUUUCAGGAAAGUUAAUGGAAAUUGAUAUGUAAGAUGGUUUAGUAAGAGUUAAUUAUUCAGAUAAAUUAGUAUAAUUAAUAAAGGAAGUGAGAUAAUUAUGUGAACUUGGUUAUAGGAAAAAUAUAUCAAAUGAAAUACAUACAAUUGUAGAAACAGGAAAGAAAUUUUAUAAGGAAGCUUUAACUUUGAAAUCUAUAGCUAGUUUUUAUAAUUAGAUGUCUGAUUAAAUUAUUGAAUGUUAAAAGCCAAUGUUAGUUAAUUAAGCAGUAAAAUUUGAAGAUACUGUAAAGAAUACUAAAAAGAAAAAUAGUAUUACUUGGGAAAAUACUUAAGAAUUGGAAAAUUAUGUAUAAAAAGUUUAAGAAUCUGCAAAUGAAAUUAUGUAAGAAAAUAAAAGAUUAAGAAAAAAUCAUUAAUAAAUAAUUGAUAAUAUUUGUAUAUUAUUUUAGAUUGAAUUGAAAUAAAAGAAUUUAUGGAAAGAAAAAGUUGAUUAAAUUAAGAAAAUAAUUGAAUAGACAUGUAAUAACAUUGAUGGUAAAUUUACAAUUGGAUGGAGAACUCAUAUUGAUUUCUAAUUAUAUAAAGCUUUAGAAUUUUAAUAUAAGAAAGGAUUCUAAGAAAUGGAUCAUGCUAUUAAUGAGAUAUAAGCAGAUAUUAUUAUUAAAAAUGGCUAGGUUGUAUAUAAGCCAUCUAUUGAAGAAUUAAGAGAAAAAUACUAUAAUGAAUUAAAAAAAUAUAUAUAAUAUCCAUCUUAAUUUAUAGGUGUUGGAGGCAAUAAUGAUAUUUAUAUGUUGAUGCCAGAAAGGAAUGCUGUGUUUGUUAUAUAAGUUUAUGAGAAAAGUGAAUAGAUAUUUGAAAAAUUAAUUAGUUUAAGUAAUCAAUAUAUGGGUUGGUCAGUUGUUGCAUUAUUAGAUGCUGAACAAUUAUAAUUAUAAUUGGGUAGUUUAGAAUAAUGGGAGAAUUUCAUGAAAGAAGUUAGAUAGAGAAGAAAAGAAUUAGAAAAAAUUAAUGAUUAUUAAAAGAUUGAAUGCUUUAAUAUUAAUAUAAGUUUGUUUAAGUAAUAAAUUGAUGAAUUAUUAACUAAAUUAGUAGAUAAUAUGUUGAAUGAAUUAAAAAAUUAAAUUAAAAAUAAUAUAAUUGAAAUUGAAUUAUUUUUAAGUGAAACAUAAUAGAAAUUAUCAUAAAAACCAUAAAAUAUGAAUGAAAUGAAUGAAGCAUAAAAAAAAUAUGUUGAUAUAAAAGCAUAGAAAUUUGAAAUGACUUAAAAAAUGCAAGAUUGUCAAUAGAAACAAAAAUUAAUUAAUUCUUUAAGUUCAUAAUCUCAAGCCUAGAAUCCCAUUUUAUUAUAAUUAUAAUAAAUAAAUAAAAAUUGGGAGAAUUUUGAAUUAUUAAUUGGAGAUUUUGAUUCAAUUUUAGCUGAAUAAACUAAACAAUUAAAAAAGGAUAUGUAAGCAAGAGCUAAGGAUGUUGAUAGUGAAAUUGAGAAAUUUUAUUCACGAUAUUCUGCUGUUAAACCAAAAUAAUUAAGUGAAUUAGAUAGAUCAUCAGCAAAUGAAUUAGCUGAGAAUAUGUUACAAUGGAGAUAAUAAUGGAAAUAAUUAGAUGAAAAGAUUUAGACUCUUAUUAAAGAUCAUUAACAUUUUGAAAUGGAAGUUCCAACCUUUACUUAAUAUGAGAAGGUUAAGGUUGAAAUGACAGAAUCAGAAGUAGUAUGGGGUUAUUAUGAUAAAUUUUAAUAAAAUAUUAAUAAUUUAGGAAAAGAAGAUUGGUUGAGUUUUAGAACUAAAUUAUAUAUGUUUUAAGAAUUAUUAUUAUAAGAAUAAGAAUAAUUAAAGGCAGAAUUAACAAAAGGUACAUUUACUAAAAAGGAGGCAAUUAUCAAUUAUAUUUUUUAUUAAAUUGAGUUAUAUCUCAAAAUAAAUCCAUUAUUAAAAUUAAUUGUUGGAGAUGCAUUUGAACCUGAACAUUGGACUAAUUUGUUUAUGAUUCUUAAAUAAAAGGAAAUGAAAAAAGAAAAAUUGUUAUUCAAAGAUUUACUUAAUUGUGAUAAAUUAAUAUUAGAUAAAUAAAAUGAUAUUAGAGAAUUAUAAGCAAGAGCAUAAGGAGAAAUUACAUUGAGAGAAGCUAUCUUUGAAUUGAAAACAUGGUGUGAUACUUCAGAAUUUGAUUUAACUGAUUAUACUAAUAAUAAUAGAGUCACUCCAUUAAUUAAAGAAUGGAAAGAAUUAAUGACCAAAGUUAGUGAUAAUUAAUCAUUAUUAGCAUCUUUAAAGGAAUCAAAAUUCAUUAGUAGAUUCAAAGAUUAAGUUGAUUAAUUUGAAUUAAAAUUAGGUGGUAUUGAUGAAUAUUUAUCCAAAUUAUAAAUUAUCUAAAGAAAAUGGGUAUAUUUGGAACCUAUUUUUGUCAGAGGAGCAUUACCAUAAGAAUAAGCAAGAUUUAGAAGAUUAGAUGAAGAUUUCAGAAAUAUAAUGUUAGGAAUUCAAAGAGAUCAAAAGGUAGUUUCUUUAUGUAGUAUUCCAGGAAUCAAAGAUACUUUAGAUACAGUUUUAGAUUAAUUAGAAAGAUGUUAGAAAGCAUUGAAUGAUUUCUUAGAAGAGAAAAGAGGCAAGUUUCCAAGAUUUUACUUUUUGGGAGAUGAUGAUCUAUUAGAAAUAUUAGGUCAAUCUUAGAAUCCUCAAGUAAUUUAGAUGCAUCUGAAGAAAUUAUUUGCUGGAAUAAAUUCUGUAGAAUUCAGUAAGGAUAAUACUUAAAUUUAUUCUAUGUUAUCAUCCUAAAAGGAAUAAGUUCAAUUUAAUAAUUCUAUUUAAGUAAAUGAUAUUGUAGAGAGUUGGUUAUCAGUAUUAUCAUCAAAUAUGAAAGAGACCUUAAGUUAAUUAUUGAAAUAGUGCUUAAAAGAGUAGAAUAUGGAUUUCAAUAAAUUCCCAUCUUAGAUUCUUUGUUUAUCUGAAGAGUAAUAUAUAUAUAAAUUAUUAAUAGAAUUAAAUUCACUGAAUAAGCAGUAUCAGCAUUAAAUUCAAAUAAGUUACCUUAAUUCAAAUAGACAUAGCUAAAAUUAUUAGAUUAAUAUACUUAAUUGAAUGCACAAUCUUCAAAUAAUUAUCUAUUACAAUUAAAAUUAAAAUCAUUAAUUUUAGAUCUUAUUCAUCAUUUGGAUAUCAUAAGUUAACUCAUUGAUAAUAAGGUUUCAGUAUUAUCAGAUUGGUAUUGGUAUAAAUAAUUAAAAUAUGAAUAUUAAAAAGAUGCACAAAUAAUAAUGUGUAAAGCAAGAUUUGAUUAUACAUAUGAAUAUCAAGGAAAUGGUUAAAAAUUAGUGCAUACACCAUUAACAGAUAAAUGCUAUUUAACAUUGACUUAAGGAAUGUCUAUGGGUUAUGGAGGUAAUCCUUAUGGUCCAGCAGGUACUGGUAAGACAGAAUCUGUUAAAGCAUUGGGAUAAUUAUUUGGUAGAUAAGUUUUGGUGUUUAAUUGUGAUGAAGGAAUAGAUUUUAAAAGUAUGGGACGUAUAUUCAUGGGAUUAGUUAAAUGUGGAGCAUGGGGUUGUUUUGAUGAAUUUAAUAGAUUGUUAGAAGAAUAAUUAUCUGCAAUAUCUUAAUAAAUUUAAAUAAUUUAAAAUGCUAUUAAAGAGAAUUCAUAAUCUAUGACUUUGAUGGGUUAGACCUGUAUAGUAAAUAAAGAUUCAGGUAUAUUUGUGACAUUGAAUCCUGCAGGUAAGAAUUAUGGAGGAAGAUCAAAAUUACCUGAUAAUUUAAAGUAAUUAUUUAGACCUGUGGCAAUGUCAAUACCAGAUAAUGAAUUGAUUGCUGAAGUCUUAUUAUAUUCUGAAGGAUUCAAGAAUGCUAAGAUUUUAGCAGAGAAAAUAAUCACAAUAUUUACAUUAUCAAGACAAUUAUUAAGUCCAUAAUAACAUUAUGAUUGGGGAUUAAGAGCACUUAAAACUAUAUUAACAGUGGCAGGAUAAAUUAUAUAAGAAGAAAGAAAAUAGGGAAUAGCAAUUAAUGAAACAAUUGAAUCAGAGUUACUAAUUAAAUCUAUUAGAAUUAAUACAAUGUCAAAAUUGACUUAUCAUGAUACAAAGAAAUUUGUUUAAUUGGUUUAAGAUGUUUUUCCUAGUAUCAAUAGUUAAGAUAUUAUCUAUGAGAAAUUAACUAAUGCAAUAAAAGAAGUAUUAUAAAGCAUGAAAUUGAGUGAAAUAGAUAAUCAAAUUGCAAAGAUUCUAUAGUUUUAUGAAGCAACCAAAUAGAGAAUGGGUGUAGUUUUAGUAGGUCCAUCUGGUUGUGGUAAAACUACAAUAUGGAAGGUUUUAAAGAAAGCACAUGAGAAAUUAGGAUAAUAAGUUAAAACUCAUGUUAUGAAUCCUAAAUCUAUGCCUAGAAGUUAAUUAUUAGGAAAUAUGAAUAAUGACACAAGAGAAUUUAGUGAAGGAGUAUUAACAGCAUCAGCUAGAUUAGUAGUUAAAGAAUCAGUAGAUGUUUUAAAUUGGAUUAUUUGUGAUGGAGAUAUUGAUCCUGAAUGGAUUGAAUCAUUAAAUUCUGUUUUAGAUGAUAAUCAUUUAUUAACAUUACCUACUGGUGAACGUAUUUCAUUUUAGAAUAAUGUUAAUUUUAUCUUUGAAACUUCUGAUUUAUAAUAUGCAUCACCUGCUACUGUUAGUAGAAUGGGAAUGAUAUUUUUGAAUAAUGAAGAUAUCAGUAUGUAAUCUUUAGUUACUAGAUGGAUUAAUAAAUUAGAAUGUGAAGAANGAAUUCAUAAUCUAUGACUUUGAUGGGUUAGACCUGUAUAGUAAAUAAAGAUUCAGGUAUAUUUGUGACAUUGAAUCCUGCAGGUAAGAAUUAUGGAGGAAGAUCAAAAUUACCUGAUAAUUUAAAGUAAUUAUUUAGACCUGUGGCAAUGUCAAUACCAGAUAAUGAAUUGAUUGCUGAAGUCUUAUUAUAUUCUGAAGGAUUCAAGAAUGCUAAGAUUUUAGCAGAGAAAAUAAUCACAAUAUUUACAUUAUCAAGACAAUUAUUAAGUCCAUAAUAACAUUAUGAUUGGGGAUUAAGAGCACUUAAAACUAUAUUAACAGUGGCAGGAUAAAUUAUAUAAGAAGAAAGAAAAUAGGGAAUAGCAAUUAAUGAAACAAUUGAAUCAGAGUUACUAAUUAAAUCUAUUAGAAUUAAUACAAUGUCAAAAUUGACUUAUCAUGAUACAAAGAAAUUUGUUUAAUUGGUUUAAGAUGUUUUUCCUAGUAUCAAUAGUUAAGAUAUUAUCUAUGAGAAAUUAACUAAUGCAAUAAAAGAAGUAUUAUAAAGCAUGAAAUUGAGUGAAAUAGAUAAUCAAAUUGCAAAGAUUCUAUAGUUUUAUGAAGCAACCAAAUAGAGAAUGGGUGUAGUUUUAGUAGGUCCAUCUGGUUGUGGUAAAACUACAAUAUGGAAGGUUUUAAAGAAAGCACAUGAGAAAUUAGGAUAAUAAGUUAAAACUCAUGUUAUGAAUCCUAAAUCUAUGCCUAGAAGUUAAUUAUUAGGAAAUAUGAAUAAUGACACAAGAGAAUUUAGUGAAGGAGUAUUAACAGCAUCAGCUAGAUUAGUAGUUAAAGAAUCAGUAGAUGUUUUAAAUUGGAUUAUUUGUGAUGGAGAUAUUGAUCCUGAAUGGAUUGAAUCAUUAAAUUCUGUUUUAGAUGAUAAUCAUUUAUUAACAUUACCUACUGGUGAACGUAUUUCAUUUUAGAAUAAUGUUAAUUUUAUCUUUGAAACUUCUGAUUUAUAAUAUGCAUCACCUGCUACUGUUAGUAGAAUGGGAAUGAUAUUUUUGAAUAAUGAAGAUAUCAGUAUGUAAUCUUUAGUUACUAGAUGGAUUAAUAAAUUAGAAUGUGAAGAGGAAAAGAAGAGUAUGUUAUUGAAUCAAAUCGAAUCUACUUUAUACAAUAUGCUUGAUGAAAUAUUCUCUUAUGAAGAACUAUAAGUUGUACCAACUACUAGAGUUGGAUUAAUUAUGAACAUUUUAUCUUAGUUAUAGAGAAUACCAACUAAUAAAUAAUAAUUCAAUUANUAAUUUAAAGUAGUUAUUUAGACCUGUCGCUAUGUCAAUACCAGAUAAUGAAUUGAUUGCUGAAGUCUUACUAUAUUCUGAAGGAUUCAAGAAUGCUAAGAUUUUAGCAGAGAAAAUAAUCACAAUAUUUACAUUAUCAAGACAAUUAUUAAGUCCAUAAUAACAUUAUGAUUGGGGAUUAAGAGCACUUAAAACUAUAUUAACAGUGGCAGGAUAAAUUAUAUAAGAAGAAAGAAAAUAGGGAAUAGCAAUUAAUGAAACAAUUGAAUCAGAGUUACUAAUUAAAUCUAUUAGAAUUAAUACAAUGUCAAAAUUGACUUAUCAUGAUACAAAGAAAUUUGUUUAAUUGGUUUAAGAUGUUUUUCCUAGUAUCAAUAGUUAAGAUAUUAUCUAUGAGAAAUUAACUAAUGCAAUAAAAGAAGUAUUAUAAAGCAUGAAAUUGAGUGAAAUAGAUAAUCAAAUUGCAAAGAUUCUAUAGUUUUAUGAAGCAACCAAAUAGAGAAUGGGUGUAGUUUUAGUAGGUCCAUCUGGUUGUGGUAAAACUACAAUAUGGAAGGUUUUAAAGAAAGCACAUGAGAAAUUAGGAUAAUAAGUUAAAACUCAUGUUAUGAAUCCUAAAUCUAUGCCUAGAAGUUAAUUAUUAGGAAAUAUGAAUAAUGACACAAGAGAAUUUAGUGAAGGAGUAUUAACAGCAUCAGCUAGAUUAGUAGUUAAAGAAUCAGUAGAUGUUUUAAAUUGGAUUAUUUGUGAUGGAGAUAUUGAUCCUGAAUGGAUUGAAUCAUUAAAUUCUGUUUUAGAUGAUAAUCAUUUAUUAACAUUACCUACUGGUGAACGUAUUUCAUUUUAGAAUAAUGUUAAUUUUAUCUUUGAAACUUCUGAUUUAUAAUAUGCAUCACCUGCUACUGUUAGUAGAAUGGGAAUGAUAUUUUUGAAUAACGAAGAUAUCAGUAUGUAAUCUUUAGUUACUAGAUGGAUUAAUAAAUUAGAAUGUGAAGAGGAAAAGAAGAGUAUGUUAUUGAAUCAAAUCGAAUCUACUUUAUACAAUAUGCUUGAUGAAAUAUUCUCUUAUGAAGAACUAUAAGUUGUACCAACUACUAGAGUUGGAUUAAUUAUGAACAUUUUAUCUUAGUUAUAGAGAAUACCAACUAAUAAAUAAUAAUUCAAUUAUCUUCUAUUAUAAGGGUUGUGUUCCAACUUCUAACCAGAAAUCAGAUUGAAAUUCUAGACAUUAAUUAAUUCAAACCUUGAAUUAAAUGAAAAUGGAGACAAAUAUUAAUAUGUCAAUUAAAAUAUUGAUGAAUCUUAAUUCUCAGAUGUUAAUGAUCCUCCAGUUAUAAAAACUAUUGGUCAUUAAAAAGAUCUCUAAAUGUUAUAAUCUUGGAUUCUCAAUAAUGAUCCAUUUAUUAUUGUUGGAGAAGAAGGUUGUGGUAAGAAUCUAUUAAUCUAAAGUGCAUUUAAAGAACUUAAAAAGACUAUCAAAAUUCAAAUAGCCACAAUCAAUUGUAAUGCUUAAACAAGUGCAUCUUAAAUCAUUUAAAAAUUAAAUUAAAUUUGUGCUAAAGCUACUUCAGCAUUAGGUAGAGUAUAUAAACCUAAAGAUUGUAGUCGUUUAAUUCUAUAUUUAAAAGAUAUUAAUCUUCCUAAACCUGAUAAAUAUUAGACUAUUUAACUUAUUGCUUUUCUUUAAUAAUUAAUUACUCAUAGAGGUUUCUAUGAUGAAAAUUUAGAAUUUGUAUAUUUGGAUGACAAAAUCUAAAUUGUAUCUUCAAUGAAUCCUCCUUCUACAAUUGGAAGACAUUAAUUGUCUACUAGAUUCACAGCAAAUGUUAGAAUCUAUUAUAUUGAAUAACCAUCUAAUGAUGAAUUAUAAUAAAUUUAUUAAGAAUAUCUGAAAAUUCUGAUAUUUAAAGAUAAUAAUCAAAGCAAAAAAGGUGCUUAAUUAUUAAUUGAAUGUUAUACACAAAUCAAAUCCAAAUUCACUGUUGAUGAACAAAGACAUUAUCUCUUUACUCCAAGAACUAUCACUUAAAUUAUUUUUGCUUUAAAAAGAUAUAAUGAUAUAUAAUCAGUAUUCCCUGAAGCAUUACUCAAUGAAUUCAAUAAAAUAUUUAGAGAUAAAUUGAUCUCUUAAGAUUAAUAAUUUAAAUUCGAUUAAAUGAUAUUACCAAUUUUUAAAAAAUACUAUAAGGAUAUACAAUCUUAAUAAUAUUUUGCAACUGUUUUAAAUCUCUAAACUUUGUCAAAGAUUGAAAAAAAGGAUUUUAUUCAAUUAGUUUCAUAAGCUGUUUAAGUAUAUUCUCGAGAGAAUAGAGAAUUAAAUGUUGUUAUGAUUGAAGAAAUACUAUCUUUGUUAACAUCUUUAAAUAGAGCAUUAUCUUCUCAGAGUUAAACAACACUAUUAUUAGCUGGAAGAAAUGGCAUAGGAAGAAAGAUGUGUUUAUCAAUUAUGUGCACUAUGCUUAAUCUUGAAGUUCUAUAACCAUAUACAUGUAGAGAUUAUGGAAUUAGAGAAUUUAAAAGAGAUCUUAAAUCAUAUAUGGAAACAGCUUAAUAAAAGAAUUGUUUAUUAAUUUUAGAAGAUCAUGUGUUAUUAUAAUAAGGAAUCUUAGAGACUGUUAAUUCCUUAAUUUCAAGUGGUGAAAUUCCAGGAUUGUUUGGAUAUGAUGAAAUAGAUAGAUUGAUAUAAAAUCCAGAAGAAGUAAAGAGAGAAUUUUAUGGUAAAACACUUUAUGAGGCAUUUCAUGAAAGAGUAAAAAGAAAUAUGAAGAUUGCUUUGGUUAUGGAUAAUACUAAUCAUGAAUUCUAAACUAAUUGUGCUUAAAAUCCAGCUUUAUUUACAAAUACUACAAUUAUAUGGUAAACUUAAUUAUCAAAAGAGAGUUUGUUAUAAUUUAUGAAAAAAUAAUUAGAAUCUUAAAAUAAUAAUAGUACUGUUAGUGAAUAAUUAAUUAGUUAUGCAGUUGAAAUACAUAGAAAUUAAAAAGCUGAUCCAAGAAGCUUUUAAUCUUUAACUUAAACUUAUAAUUUAAUAAUGGAUAAGAAAAUGUAAUCAAAAGGAUCUUAAGCAGAUCAUUUAUAAAAAGGUUUAGAGAAAUUAUAAGAAGCAAAUAAUUUAGUUAAUAAAUUAACUUCGGAAGCUUAAGAAAAGAAAGUUUUAUUAUCUAAAAAGCAAUUAGAAGCAGAUGAUGCUUUAUAAAAGAUAUCAAAAGCUAUGUAAGAUGCAGCUGAACGUAGAUAAGAAACAGAAUAAUUAUAAAGAUAUUUAUAAGAAGAGGAAGGCAAAAUAAAAGUAUCAAAAGAUAAAGUUGAAGAUGAAUUAAGAGAUGUUAAUCCUUUAGUAUAAGAAGCAUAGAAUGCAGUUAAAGGAAUAUCAAAAUCACAUUUGGAUGAAUUGAAAUCAUUAGCAUAACCUCCUGCUGCAAUUUAUGAUGUUUUAUGUGCUGUUAUGAAAGUAUUUAAGUAGACAGAAAUAAAUUGGAAAGCAAUUAAAAAGUUCUUAGGUAAUAAAUAAGUAAUUGAUUAAAUUAUUGAUUUUGAUCCUCAUAUGAUAACAGCUGAUAUUAGAAGGGAUGUUGAAGAAGAAAUUGCUAAGCAUUCAAAUUCUUUUGAAAAAUAAACCAUUUAUAGAGCAUCAAUGGCAGCAGGACCAUUGGCUGAAUGGGUAAAAGCAAUAUUAAAAUAUGCAACUGUUUUAGAGAAGAUAGCACCAUUAGAAAAAGAAUUAUCAAUGAUAAGUAAAAAAUUGGAUUCCUCUAGAAAUAGAUUGAAAUAAUGUUAAGAUGCAUUAAAUUAACUUGAUUAAAAAGUUUAAGAAUUAAAGAAUAAUUUUGCAUCUAAAACUAGUGAAGCAGAAUUACUUAAAAGAGAUUUAGAAAAAGCAGAACAAACAGUUAGUUUGGCAUCAAAUUUAUUAGAUAAAUUAUCAGGAGAAAAGGUUAGAUGGUAAUAACAACAUGAUUUAAUUGCUUAAGAAUUAAAAUAAUUUCCUUUAGAUUCUUUAUUAUCUGCAUCCUACAUUACAUAUUUAUCAUCAUAAGAUGAAAAUGUUAGAUAUAAGACAUUAUAAGAAUGGGUUCAUUUAACAAAAUUAUAGUAAUAUGAUUUCUUAAAAUUUAUGUCUAAUGAGAGUCAAAUAUUGAAAUGGAAAACACUAGGAUUACCUGGUGAUUAAUUAAGUAUUGAAAAUUCAGUUAUGGUAUUCUCAUCUUCAAAAGUUUCUUUAUUAAUUGAUCCUAAUACUUAAGCUACUGAAUGGUUAAAGAAAACUUUAUCAGGGGCUGAAAUAUUAAAUUAAACAGAUCCUAAAUUCAAUAAUUAACUAGAAUUAGCAGUUAGAUUUGGUAAAACUAUAGUAAUAUAAGAAAUUGAUUAAAUAGAAGGAUUAUUAAUUCCAUUAUUAAGAAAAGACUUAUUACAUUAAGGUCCUAGAUGGGUAGUUAUGAUAGGAGAGAAAUCUGUAGAUUUUAAUGAAAGUUUUGUUAUGUAUUUGACAACCAGAAAUUCUUCUAUUCAUUUACCUCCACAUACUGUAUCUUUAGUAUAAGUUAUUAACUAUACUGUAACUAGAAGUGGUUUGGAAGGAAAAUUACUAAGCAUUAUUAUAAAUAUUGAAUAACCAGAUUUGGAAUAGAAAAAGCAAUAAUUAUUAGAAAAUGAAGAAAAAUUGAAGAUGCAAUUAGCUGAUUUAGAAAAGACACUUUUAGAUGAAUUAGCAAAUUCAUAAGGAAAUAUCUUGGAAAAUAGAGUAUUGAUUGAUAGUUUAAAUUAAACUAAAUCAAAAUCAUAAGUUAUUGCUUAGAGUUUAUAAGAAUCAACAAAAUUAUAGUAAGAUUUAGAUACAUAAAGAGAUGUAUAUAGACCAUUAUCAUAAAAAGGUGCUCAAAUCUUUAUCCUUAUUUAAAGUUUAUAGAAUUUAAAUAAUAUGUAUAAAUAUUCUUUAGCCUAUUUUAUUUAAAUAUUUUAAAAGACUCUAGAUAUUAAAGAGAGUUUUGAUUCAAAAUAAAAGAAAUUAGAAUUUGCUGGUUAACGUUUAUUGAGAAAUAUCUUCAAUUAAAUAGCUGGUUCAUUGUUUAAAUAAGAUAGAUUAAUAUUUGCAUUACAUUUAGUAAAAGGAUGUAAACCUGAAUUAAUUGAGGAAGAAGAAUGGUAAUUUAUGAUUGGUAAUUAAAUACCUAAUGAUAGUGCUCAACUUCCAAAAUGGGCAUCUUAAGAUAGAAGGGAAAUAUUUGGAUAAUUGUAGAAUCUUAAAUUAAAUAUCAAUUUUAAUUCUAGUGAAUGGGAAUAAUGGAAUAAUAAUUAAGAAUGUGAAAAAAGCUUUCCUUAAUCUACUAAAUUAAAACCAUUUUAAAAAGUUCUUAUUGUAUAAACAUUUAGACCUGAAAGAGUUUAAAGUGCAUUAAAUGAAUUUGUUUGUCCUAAUUUAGAUAUACUAAGUGUUAGUGGUUAGACAUUCAAUUUUUAAACUGUUGCUUAAGAAGAAUUGACAGCUUAAAUUCCAUGUUUAUUUGUUGUUUCAGCUGGUAGUGAUCCUUCUAAAGAACUUGAAGAAUUUGCUGAAUAACAAAUAGGUAAAUAGAACUUUUAAGAAAUGUCUAUGGGAGGUAAUCAAAAUGAAUUAGCAUUAACAUUGAUAAAAGAAGCUGCAUAAAAAGGUUAGUGGGUAUGUUUAAAGAAUUUGCAUUUAGUUAUUAGUUUCCUUCCUUUAUUAGAAAAAACCAUUAAAUAAUUAAAACCACAUCCUAAUUUCAAAUUGUGGCUUACAACUGAAGCUCAUUUAAAAUUCCCAUCUAUACUUCUUGAAACUUGUUAUAAGGUAUCAUAUGAAGCGCCUCCAGGAUUAAAGAAGAACUUACAAAGAAUAAUAACCAGUUGGCCAACUCAAACUAAAUAAUCAGUUUAUUAAACAUAAUUAUUGUUCAUCUUAACAUGGUUUCAUGCUUUAGUUUAAGAAAGAAGAACCUAUAUCCCAUAAGGUUGGAGUAAAUUCUAUGAAUUUUCAUAUGCAGACUAUAAGGCAGGAGUAUAAAUAAUUGAGAAUCUAUUACAAGAGUCUUAAACAAUCUCUUGGUAAACUUUAUAUGGAUUAUAUGAAAAUGCAAUUUAUGGUGGUAGAGUAGAUAAUGAAUAAGAUAUAAAGGUUUUAAGAGCAUAUUUAGAAACUUAUUUCAAUUAGAAUAAAUUAUAAAAUGGAACUCUUAGUACUGGUUAACAAAUACCAUAAACUAAUUAAGUUAAAGAUCUUAUUAAUUUAAUUAAUAAAUUACCUGAAAAUGAUGUUCCUGAGUUUUUUGGUUUGCCUAAUAAUAUUGAUAAAGCUGUUUAAAGAUAUACAAUAUAAAGAGUUGUCAGUGGAUUAAAAUCUAUGACUAAUAUAGUAGGAUCUGAAAUUAAAUUUGAUAAAGAAUUAUGGACUAAUUUGUUAAGUCCUCUAAUUAAUAUGUGGGACCAAUUAAAAAUAAGGGAUACUAUCUAAAUUUCUAAUUAAUAAUUAGGAUCAUUGGAUCCCAUAGAAUCAUUUAUAUAUUUAGAAGCAUAAUAGACUUGGAAUUUGUAUUAGAUUAUCAAUCAUUCCUUUGAUAAAUUGAAGAAUGUCUUAUAUAAUAAUGGCUUAUUAACUAGUGAUAUCAUAGAUAUUGGGUUAUUAUUUAUUAAAGAUAUUGUCCCUUAAAAAUGGGGUAAUUUCUGGGAAGGUCCUGAUGAUAUAAAUUUAUGGUUGAAAAUAUUCAUUAAGAAACUGAAUGCAAUUAAAUUAUGGAUUGAUAAGAUACAAAGAAAAUAAUAAUUAGAUGAAGUUGAUUUAAGUGAGUUAUUCCAUCCUGAAAUAUAUAUGAAUGCACUCAGAUAAAAAACUGCCAGAAAAUUAAAUAUUCCAUUAAAUGAAUUAAAAUUAUAGGCAGAUUUUGACAAUCUUAAACAUCCACUUGUAGUUAAAUUAAAGAAUCUUUUAUUAUAAGGAUGUGGAUUCUCUAAUGGUUAAUUAGUUGAUGAUAUGAAAAUAACAUCAGAAUUCAUCUAAUUACCAUCCUUGAAUAUCUCUUAUGUAGAGAAAUCAUAACCAGAAAAGAAUGGAAUAGGGGUAAUUAUCAUAUUUAUAAUAUUUUUAGGAUUUCCCUAUUUAUUUAAAUGCCAGUAGAGAAAAAUUAUUAUGCAGAAUUAAAUUACCUCAAACUGGUUAAAUGAACGAUAAAAUAAUAGCUGGUGUUGCAGUAUUUUUAAGCUAAAACGAUUGA